AAGUCCUCAAACGUAAAUAAAUGGGAGUGUUAAGAGAUUAGGUUGUUGUCACUCUCUUCUUCUUCUUGCGGCCUGCGGCUAGGGUUUUUCUCUCUUCUCUUCUCUUUCUAUUUCCAUCAACGUUCUUUCGCUAUGGAACCUUCGCUCAGCUAAGCCCUUUCGGUGUUGCCUAGAACAACUAAAACUCACUCUUCUGUUUGCUUUUCUCUGUCCCCAAAUGGCCACUGCCAACCCUUUCGAUUUGUUGGGUGAUGAUGCCGAGGACCCGUCGCAGUUGAUCGCCGCCGAGCAGAUUAAAGCUGCCGCGGCGCCGAAGAAGGAACAGCCCAAGCCUGCCUCGCGUGCCGGCUCUGCUCAGCAGAACAAGCCGGCUCAGUUGCCUUCUAAGCCGCUCCCUCCCUCUCAGGCUGUGAGGGAGGCAAAAAAUGAUGCUCCUCGUGGUGGCCGUGGAGGCAGCCGAGGAGGUGGACGUGGGCGUGGUCACGGUGGUAGUGGCUUUAACCGUGAUUUUUCCAAUGAUGAGAACUCGUCAGCUCCUGCUAGCCAAGGUGCUUUUGAAGAAGGGGAUACCGGCAAUCCCUCAGAAAGACGCGGAUAUGGUGGACCUCGUGGUCCUUAUCGUGGCGGUCGUCGUGGAGGUUUCAGCAAUGGUGAAGCUGGUGAAGAGGGACGCCCUCGAAGAGCAUUUGAACGCCGCAGUGGGACUGGACGAGGAAGUGAAAUCAAACGUGAAGGUUCUGGGCGUGGGAACUGGGGAACACAGACUGAUGAAAUUGCCCAGGUGACUGAGGAAGUGGUGAAUGAAACUGAAAAGAAUUUGGGGGAUGAGAAGCCUUCAGGAGAAGACGAAGCAGCUGAUGGGAACAAGGACAGCCCUGCUAAUGAAAAUGAAGAAAAGGAGCCUGAGGAUAAGGAGAUGACACUGGAAGAGUAUGAGAAACUGUUGGAAGAAAAAAGGAAGGCCCUGCAGGGACUCAAGACUGAAGUGAGAAAGGUGGAUACUAAGGAGUUUGAGACCAUGCAGCCACUGUCAAACAAGAAAGACAAUGAUGAGAUCUUCAUUAAAUUGGGAUCUGACAAGGAUAAGCGCAAAGAUGCUUUUGAGAAGGAGGAGAGAUCCAAGAAGUCUGUCAGCAUUAACGAGUUUCUGAAGCCUGCUGAAGGAGAAAGGUACUACAACCCUGGUGGUCGUGGUCGGGGACGCGGUCGUGGUUCCAGAGGAGGUUAUGGCGGAAAUGCAGGCAGCAAUGUACUAGCUCCUUCGAUUGAGGAUCCUGGGCAAUUCCCAUCCUUGGGUUUUGGCAAGUGAGAUUUUCCAAGAACCCUUCUGGCAUUUCCCUGUCCUUUUUUAGUCAAUUUUGGGUUCACUGAUUUGGACUUGAGCAGGAAAAGAACUGUGGUGAUUGGAUUUCCUGAAUUAGAAGGCUAUUUAACUUUUAUGCCUUAAAAUGUAAAUUUAGGUUGUUCUUCAUACGGUCCUUGUAGCCUUUUCCUUGUUAUGUUCUGCUGUCACUGUUGUUGACAUUGGGGGGGUUAUAUGGUGGCGGAUAAGACAUAAAUGUUGUUGAGUUUCGUUUUAUUUAUAGAUUGAAUUCUCAGUUUUGAUUUGAAAUUUGGGUCAUACAUCCUCUCUAUUCUAGCCAGACCAAGUUAAAUCCAUGUUAUUUGAUUAAUUGGUCUCAAUUCAACCUUGGUUUUAAUGGGUCUCUUUUUCUUCAACC